AUGUCUGAAAAAAAUUUUUUUGAUGUUCAAAAAGAAGAAAAUGAAAAGAUUCUAGAAGAUGAUAAAAAAAAAGUUUCUAAGUUAUCUUUAGAAGAAUUACAGAAUAAAAUCGAACAAGAUUUAAUUAAUAUGAAUAAAGAAACUAGAAAUGAUAUUUUAAAUAUUAACCAAAAAGAAGAUAAAUAUUUUGAAAUUGAAAAUAACGAAAAUAAACAAUAUCUUCGGCUUGAAGAUAACGAAAAAUUAGAAAAAUAUCAUUCCUUUACUCUCUUUGUUGGUAACGGUUAUCUCACAUUUAAUUUUGUUAAAAGAGAUUUUUUGAAAAUGGAAAUUCGUAGAAUUUGUGAAUUUGUCGAACUUGAAGAAACUCAUAUCUAUGAAGAAAUUAUCAAAUUCGAUGAAAUUGAUGAUGAGAAUCUUUCUUAUUUUUUCGAUUUUGAAAAUAAUAUUAAUAUCAGACCUUUUACUAUUGAUAAAAAUGAUAAAAAAUCUAUGAUCUUCCAUUGUGAUAUUAAAAAAUUUACAAUUUAUUACAAAAAUAAUAUCGUUUAUAAUAAUGAUGAUUUUAUGAGUUUAUUUAAAUAA